CCAGCUUUUCCUACAAAACCACCGUUAGCGGGUUUUUGAGGGCAGAUUUGGCGCGCAGUAGUCGAGCUUUUUUUUGUGUGUGUCUGAACUGUGCAUUUUGACGCCGUGGAGAGUUCCUUGUUGUAGCUGCCGCGGCUUCCCAGAGGACAAACUACGUUAAACAGUCCCGACAUGCAUGUGGUUAAGAGAGAUGGACGCCAGGAGCGCGUCAUGUUUGACAAGAUCACCUCCCGCAUCCAAAAGCUUUGCUACGGCCUCAACUCUGACUUUGUGGAUCCAGCCCAGAUCACCAUGAAGGUGAUUCAGGGUUUGUACAACGGCGUCACCACGGUGGAGUUGGACACGCUGGCCGCAGAGAUCGCCGCCACGCUCACCACCAAGCACCCCGACUACGCCAUCCUCGCCGCGCGCAUUGCCGUGUCCAACCUCCACAAGGAGACCAAGAAAGUCUUCAGCGAGGUGAUGGAGGAUCUGUACACCUACGUCAACCCUCUGAAUAGGCGCCACUCCCCCAUGAUCUCCAAGGAAACUCUGGACCUGGUCCUGGAGAACAAAGACCGCCUUAACUCCGCUAUCAUCUACGACCGUGACUUCUCUUACAACUUCUUUGGCUUCAAGACGCUGGAACGCUCCUACUUGCUCAAGAUCACUGGCAAGGUGGCCGAAAGACCGCAGCACAUGCUCAUGAGGGUGGCGGUCGGCAUCCACCGCACGGACAUCGACGCCGCCAUCGAGACCUACAACCUGCUGUCGGAGAAGUGGUUCACGCACGCGUCGCCCACGCUCUUCAACGCGGGCACCAACAGACCUCAGCUGUCCAGCUGCUUCCUGCUGGCCAUGCAGGGCGACAGCAUCGAGGGCAUCUACGACACGCUCAAGCAGUGCGCCCUCAUCUCCAAGUCGGCGGGUGGCAUCGGCGUGGCGGUCAGCUGCAUCCGCUCUACGGGGAGCUACAUUGCUGGUACCAACGGCAACUCCAACGGCUUGGUUCCUAUGCUGAGGGUCUACAACAACACGGCGCGCUACGUGGACCAGGGUGGCAACAAGAGGCCCGGAGCCUUCGCCAUGUACCUGGAGCCGUGGCACUUUGACGUCUUUGACUUCCUGGAGCUGAAGAAGAACACCGGCAAGGAGGAACAAAGAGCCAGAGAUCUUUUUUACGGCCUCUGGAUUCCAGACCUCUUCAUGAAGAGAGUGGAGAGCAACCAAGACUGGUCCCUCAUGUGUCCCAGCGAGUGUCCCGGCCUGGACGAGUGCUGGGGCGAGGACUUUGAGGCGCUCUACACCAAAUACGAGAAGGAGGGCCGGGUGAAGCGGGUGAUCAAGGCUCAGCAGCUGUGGUACGCCAUCAUUGAGUCGCAGACGGAAACGGGAACGCCGUACAUGCUCUACAAGGAUGCUUGCAACAAGAAGAGCAACCAGCAGAACUUGGGAACCAUCAAGUGCAGUAACCUUUGCACGGAGAUUGUGGAGUAUACCAGCCAGGACGAGGUGGCCGUGUGCAACCUGGCCUCAAUCGCCCUCAACAUGUACGUCACCCCAGAGCGCACAUACGACUUUAAGAAGCUGGCGGCUGUCACCAAAGUCAUCGUGAAGAACUUGAACAAGAUCAUCGACAUCAACUUCUACCCGGUUCCUGAAGCAGAGAAGUCCAACAUGCGUCACAGGCCCAUCGGGAUCGGCGUCCAAGGUCUGGCAGACGCCUUCAUCCUCAUGCGUCAUCCCUUCGAAAGCCCGGAAGCUCAGCUGCUCAACUGCCGCAUUUUCGAGACCAUCUAUUACGCCGCCUUGGAGGCCAGCUGCGAGCUCGCCGCCGAGCACGGGCCCUACGAGACGUACGCGGGCUCGCCUGUCAGCAAGGGUGUGCUGCAAUACGACAUGUGGGACAAGACGCCCACCGACCUGUGGGACUGGAAGAUACUCAAGGAAAAAAUCGCCCAACACGGCGUGAGGAACAGCCUGCUGCUGGCGCCCAUGCCCACGGCCUCCACCGCCCAGAUCUUGGGCAACAACGAGUCCAUUGAGCCUUACACCAGCAACAUCUACACCCGCAGAGUCCUCUCUGGGGAGUUCCAGAUCGUCAACCCUCACCUGCUCAAAGACCUCACUGAGCGAGGGCUGUGGAAUGAGGACAUGAAGAACCAGCUCAUUGCGCACAACGGAUCAAUCCAGGACAUUGCUGAGAUCCCAGAUGACCUGAAGGAGCUUUACAAAACCAUAUGGGAGAUCUCCCAGAAGAUGGUGCUCAAGAUGGCCGCAGACCGAGGUGCCUUCAUUGACCAGAGUCAGUCCCUGAACAUCCAUAUAGCUGAGCCCAACUAUGGCAAACUGACCAGCAUGCACUUCUAUGGCUGGAAACAAGGCCUGAAGACGGGCAUGUACUACCUGCGCACCAAGCCUGCCGCCAACCCCAUCCAGUUCACGCUGAACAAGGAGAAGCUGAAGGAGGCCAAGCCAGAGAUUGCCAAUGAGCAGGAUCUGAAGGAGCGCAACACAGCCGCCAUGGUGUGUUCGCUGGAGAACAGAGAUGAAUGCCUCAUGUGUGGCUCUUGAACACUUCCCCAGUCACUUACACUACAUGCUUUAUUCUCUGUGAAGAGAUAAAUGUUAUACUGUUGUCAACAUGUUCUCUUAAUAUUACAUUUACUAAAUAAAAUGUGUAAAUAUA